CCCGCAAGCCCCUUCCCUUCUUCUCUAUCAUUCUUUACCCUUUUCCCACUUUGCCCCUACCUCACCGGGCACGUACCCACACUGACAAACUAAAUCACACAAACAAAUUAAAACAUGGACCCCGCCGCCGUGAUGCUGGUCGCCGCCGCCGUGACUCUGUACCUGACGUGGUUCUUCGCGGUGGUGUCGAGGUCGCUGAAGGGGCCGAGAGUGUGGCCCGUCCUCGGCAGCCUCCCAGGGCUCAUACAGAACUCCGAGAGGAUGCACGACUGGAUCGCCGACAACCUCCGAGCCUGCGGCGGCACGUACCAGACGUGCAUCUGCGCCGUGCCGUUCCUGGCGCGGAAGCAGGGCCUCGUGACGGUCACGUGCGACCCGAAGAAUCUGGAGCACAUCCUGAAGACCCGGUUCGACAACUACCCGAAGGGCCCGACGUGGCAGUCGGUGUUCCACGAGCUGCUCGGGCAGGGGAUCUUUAACUCCGACGGGGACACGUGGCUGUUCCAGCGGAAGACGGCGGCGCUGGAGUUUACCACCCGCACCCUCCGCCAGGCCAUGGGCAGAUGGGUCAACAAAGCCAUUAAACUCAGAUUUUGUCCCAUUCUCCAAACUGCCCAACUACAAGGUAAAUCGGUAGACUUGCAAGACCUAUUGCUACGGCUAACAUUCGACAACAUAUGCGGCUUGGCUUUCGGCAAGGACCCCGAGACUCUGGCGGAGGGGCUGCCGGAAAACGCCUUCGCCCUCGCUUUCGACCGCGCCACCGAGGCCUCCCUCCAGCGCUUCAUCCUCCCCGCCGUCAUCUGGAAGGCCAAGAAGUGGCUCCGCCUCGGCAUGGAAGUCAGCUUGAGCCAAAGCCUCCGCCAGCUCGACGCCUACAUGUCCCGCAUCAUCGCCGCCCGCCGGCUCGAGCUCACCGCGGCGGCGGCGGCUCACCCGGCCGACCACCACCAGCACGACGACUUGCUGUCCCGGUUCAUCAAGAAGGACUCCUCGUAUUCGAGCGACGACAAGGCGCUCCAGCACGUGGCGCUCAACUUCAUCCUAGCUGGGCGCGACACGUCGUCCGUGGCCCUGUGCUGGUUCUUCUCCCUCAUCAUGGAGAACCCCAGGGUGGAGGAGCAGAUUUUGACCGAGAUUUGCUCCGUCCUGCGCGGGACCCGAGGGGACGACGCGUCGUCCUGGCUGGACGAGCCGCUCCAGUUCGAGGAGGUGGACCAGCUCGUCUACCUGAAGGCUGCGCUCUCCGAGACCCUCCGGCUCUACCCGUCGGUGCCGGAGGACUCGAAGCACGCGGUGGCCGACGACGUGCUCCCCGACGGGACGUUCGUCCCGGCGGGGUCCGCGGUCACGUACUCCAUCUACUCCGCGGGGCGGAUGGGGUACGCGUGGGGGGACGACUGCCUCGUGUUCAGGCCCGAGAGGUGGCUGUCCCCCGACGGGAAGAGGUUCGUGGCGCACGACCAGUACCGCUUCGUGUCGUUCAACGCCGGCCCGAGGGUGUGCCUGGGGAAGGACCUGGCGUACCUGCAAAUGAAGUCCAUAGCCGCCGCCGUGUUGCUCCGGCACCGGCUGACCCUUUCUCCGGGCCACAAAGUGGAGCAGAAAAUGUCUUUGACACUUUUCAUGAAGUAUGGGCUUAAGGUAAGUGUCCACCCUAGAGACUUAUCACCCAUUUUAGCCCAAAUUAACAAAGAAAACAAUUCACCACCACUGUAAAUUUCUAUACCCAAAAAAAAAUACCCGUACAUUCUAAAGGAAAAAAAAGUUAGAUUUUGAUCCGGGCGAAUUGUCCGGACCGAAAUGUAGCACCAGAUUAUGGGGGUAGUAAUGGAGGUUGUUGAAUUGGUAGUAAUGAGGGAUGGUUGAGAGGGGUAUAAGUAGGUGGGAGGGUGUAAUUGGGAGGGCAUUUUGGGGAGAUUUUUCACAUGGAUGAUUAAAUGUUUUAUUUGUUGACAAACUGGAACACAAAGAGAUGGAAAGAGUACUAUCAUCACAUUCAUUGCAGACAGGGUGGAGUUGGAUGGACAAAUUAAGUUUGAGGCAAUUGCUCUUUACUAUUGGGUAGACAAUUCUUGUAUUUUCUUGAGUGUAUUUAAUCU